AUGCUUAUCAUGCGUUACCAAUUCGGCCAGAACGCAGGAGUCACAUUCCUCGUUGUUAUCUUCUCGUUUAUCUUCUCUCUCGUUGGUGCGGAGUGCACAGGGCGUUUUGCUAUCACACCCGUGACUACCCUUGGAAACUUUGCCCAACUGGUCUUUGGUGGUAUCUCAAAGGGUGCGGGUAUGGCACCUGCUGUCAACCAGUUGAACAACGGUCUCACCGGGAUGAUCACCCUCGCCGCAUCCGAGCAGUGCAGUGACAUGCUUGGGGACUUGAAGACUACGCACCUUAUCGGGGCGUCACCCAGAGUACAACUGUACACGCAAUGCUUCGGCGCCCUUGUCUCGAUCUUCCUCUCCGCCGGAAUGUACCUCGUCUUCGUGAAGGCCUAUCCCUGCAUCAACGAGCUCACCGCAACGACGUGCUCCUUCCCGGCGCCCGAUGUCGGUGCGUGGCGCGCUGUAUCUGUAGCAGUCUCUUCGCCCAGCCUCCCUAUUCCUCUUUCAUCCGGCGUUACUGCACUCUGCCUCGGUGGUCUCGCAAUCGUGCAGACGAUCGUCAAAUACCGCUAUUUCUCUCCGGAUAAACACAAGUGGUUCCCAAACUGGAACGCGGUCGGCAUUGCAAUGAUCCUCGGUCCGCUGUGCACAUACCCUAUGGCGAUGGAUGCUCUUUGGGAGUACGGUCGCGCUCGUCUGGAGACGGUACUGGCCUGCAGUGUUCGUGAUGUAUGGCUACUCCACCGCCGCCGGGAUGAUUGCGGGUGA